AUGUGGCGAUGCGAUUGCAUAAAACGAAAUGGACUGCAAGACAGUUGCAUGCUGGUCGAUUGUCUGGGACGACCGGAAUGUAUGACGAAACUCUUUCCGAUUUGUGGACCAGGAAAGAAAGCUCUACUCAAAUUAACCGAUCUUGGAGACGCGGAAGUGGCUUUGAAAAAAUUCUACUCCGCCGACAGAGCAAGAGAGUCGGCUCUGGCUGCUUAUUGUCGAUUGAAGUGUUCAAAUCCAGGACCGACAAACAAUUGUCCUCAAUCUUCGAAUUGUUCUUCACAAAAUUCACAACCUAAUUGCCCUUCAUUAAAUUCACCUCCCAACUGUCCUUCACUAAAUUCUCCUCCCAAUUGUCCUUCAUCCAAUCCUGCGGCUCGUAAUUUUGCGCCCAAUUUUCCAACUUCGAAUUGUCCUUUUGCUAAUUCUUCACCUCCUAAUUGGCCUUUAUCCAAUUCUCCGUCUCCUAAUUUUCCUUCAGCUGGUUCUCCGUAUUCAAAUUGUCCAUCUUUCAAUCCUCCUGCUCCAAAAUGUCCUUCUUCCAACUGUCCUUCUUUUAAUUCCCCACCUCGUAAUUAUCCUCCAGCUUCUUAUUCACAAUCUAAUAAUUGUCCUCCGCCUUAUAAUAAUUCAUCGUCCUCUAAUUAUCGGGUCGCGUCCUGGCCACCUCCAAAUUCUUCCUUUCAGCCUCUGGCCCCCAGACUGCAAAUGCAAUCUUGUCCUCAACAACAAUCUCAAAAUCAAAAUUUCUUCGCUAGUCCUCCACCUUGUGCAACCUGUAUGUCUCAUUAA